UUCGACUCUUGCUCGCAACUGACCCAACGACACCGCCACCACCAUCAUGGAGCAGAUUCAAUCCUUCGUCGCCAACAAGACCGUGCUUGUUCUCAAUGCAGGCAACGUGCAGCUCAUGCCAACUAUCCUCAACCGCGCGGGGAAUGUGCGUGUAGUGGACAGCAAAGGGCUGCGAUGGGAUCAAUCAAACGCCACGUUUGAGCGUGGGAAUCCCCUUACCUGCACGAUAUCCGAACGGUUUGACAUUGUUUGGAGCAACGUGGACGUUAACGAGAUGGAGCAAGACGACGUCCAUCAGUUCGUUGCUGCCACGACAAAAUUGGCCCUCGAUUCCAUCUUUGCGGUGCAGAAAGUCCGCGGCAGUCCAACAGCAGUUGGGAUCGACCUACUGGAGAAAUGCAUCCAGAAACAUCACGUGGACAUCCAUCCCAACCUCUCUAUCGUCACAACAGCCGCCAUUUCAUCGUCAGUGGCAGUGACAGAAGAGAGCGUGGUAGCCGUUUGGUCCGACCGCAAGAUGCCCCUGAUUUGGCGGGACUCUGUGUACUCUGGCAAGUGUGCGAUCAUGACGGAGCUGUACUCGGCCCAGAAGGCGUACAUCACAUCGCUCAUGGCCCCGAACCAGCCCACGUCGUACGUCGAAGUCGGCUGCGGCACAUCGGAAAUGGGGUCGGUGCUGUUCGAUCGUAUGGCCUAUACCGUAGGCGUGGAGAUCAACCCGGUGAUGAUUGAGCUGGCCAAAGACAUCCACCCCCUCAUGCAUGCGCACCCUCGCAACUUUUUGAUCGAAGGCAACGCGCUGGAGCUGGAAGCGAUCUUGAACCGCGAUAUGCCAGCAGACUUUUGGAAGUCGUCGCGAGUGGUGGCCAUCCUCAUGAACACGAUUGGCAUUUUGCCAGAGGCCAUCCGCCAAGGCGUGGUGGAUCAAAUGGUGACUGUGGCGGGGGACGACGGCGUUGUGGUCAUUGGGUGCUGGCACAGCGCGAGCUUCCGUCGCGGCGUUGAGGAGUACUACAUGAAGAACCCGCUCCUCGUGGGCGACAAUGUAACGCUGGACAUGUGCAACUUUGAGACGAGCGACCUGUGGGUGCCGUCGUCCAAGUACGAGUCGCAUUGGUCGUCGGAAGCCGAUCUCAAGGCAUAUGUCCAAGCGUAUGCCGCUAAAGGCUACGACAUCUCGACGCAUGUAGCGGGUAUUGGGAUCUUCUUGACCUGUCGCCGCCGCCGUUAGGCCAAACAUGGCCUAACGUGCAAGGGCUCGUUUUGUAUAUUUCUUUACAUGUUAAUAGAUUUUGUGACAUUUUUCUACUGUGUACUACAGUGCGCCAAACUGCGAGUUGCCC